AGAGGUCCGUGAAGAUGAAAAUAACAAAACUCGAUCAGAAAAUUUUGGAAUGGCCCAAUGUAGGUCUGAUUCAACCAAAAUCAAGGCUAUAUCUAGGUACUUCUGAUAAAAAGAAAACGGGUUUACUAAGAUGAAAAAGGUGGGUUGAUUUGAACAUUGCCUUCAAAUUUGCAAUCAAAGUCCAUUGUACACUGUAAUUGGUAGGAAAAAGUCAUUCAUUCUCAGUUGACAUGCCAAAAUCAGCAAAAGUAAGGGACUGUCUGUCAAAAAAUGACGGUCACUUUAACCUUUUCUUUUUGUUUUUUUUCAGCUUGUCCAUAUCCUUAUUCAAUACUACUAUUACUAUGGGAAAGCAAGUGAGAAAGUCAGUCAAACGACGCACUAAUCCUCUUGGACCUCAAGUUACUGCUGGAGUUCAGCAAGGUGUUAUUGAUCAACAAAUAACACUUCAACCUGAUCAAGUUCUUCCUGUUGUUCAAAAGCUUUCUUCUUUGGACCCUACCGAGAGAGGCUGGGCUGCUUCUUCAAUUUCCAAUUUAGUCUUAUCGAGUCCUGCUAACCUUAAGCUCUUGUUAUCCAAAGGUGUUGUUGGUAAUUUAAUAAAGUUAUUGAGCGAUGAUACCCGGGAAGUAGUCGAAGAAGCUUUAGGUACCUUAAGAAAUCUGUGUGCAAUUGAUCCCGAUGUUUGUAGGGAAUAUUUUUCAAAGGAUAUUUUGACACCUUUGAAUGCCAUGCUUCCUCAGAUUUCUAAAGUUAUUGAUCUUGUUUUGAAAAAUGAGCCUCUUGCUGAUAAUGCCGAUCAAGAUAGACGUGCAUCAAUUUGGGACGUUGCAGAAAAUUUUAUUUAUAUUAUCUGGAGUUUAAGUGAGACUUCUGAGAAGUACAUUAAGGCUAUCAACCGUCUUAACAUUGUUACAUUUUUGAUUUCAUUUUUAUCAGCUGCUGAUCAAUGCCCUAACAAAGUUGUUGUUGCUGCUGGUCAAUGUUUGACUACACUUACGGACGACAACAAGGAUAUCUACAUCGAAUUUCAAAACCAUCCCGAAUAUAUUCAAACUCUCUUGAACAUCUUGAACAAAUUCGAAAGUCCCGACAAAUUGCUUGUGCGUGUGUUAGCUUGUGCCAUUUUAAUGAACGUGCGUGAAGUUGUGCAGUUAUCUAAUGCAUGGGACGAUGAAAGAGAUGCUCUUCAUGAACUUCACAAGAUGGUAUUGCCUCCCUUGAUGGCUUGCUUAGAUUAUGAUAUCCAAAAAGCAGCUGAAGAAACAAAGGCUGUGAUUGAUAGUGGUGAUGUAACCAAGCAUGAAGAAAGUACCGAAAUUACACCUAAACCAAAGCAACCACUUACAAAAGGAGAUACUUAUAUCCAAAAUGUCCAAGAGCGUUUGGUUACCUUGCAGUUGGCGCUAGAACUGUUAGCUGAUGUUUGCUCACAAGACGACGCAGAAGAUGAUGGAUGGGAAGAUGCUGGUGAAGAUAUGGAAGAAGAUGGAGAUGCUGAGGCUAUGGCCGAUAACUUGAACGAAGACAAUGUAGACGAAUACUUACGUGAUGCUGAAAAUCUUGGAGAAGGUACAUCUAAUAUUGUUGAAGAAUCAGCCAUCAAAUCAAAUCCUAUUCUCAAUGGUUUCACAUCAAGUGUCUUUCCCCACCUGCUUCGACUUGCAGCUCCGACUGUCUUGUCAUUCCCUCAAGAUCGUUCAGUUGCUCCAGGCGUUACACAAGGAUUGACCCUUACUCAUCAACGUGCUCUAGAAUGUCUCAACAAUUUCCUGUUAGCAAUGAACGAAGUUCCUUCUAAAUUCUGGUUUAAAGAAUAUGUGUCUGAUGCCUCAAAUACCUGGACAUGGUUGUUUUCUACUGCAAAUACUAUUGGAUCCGCACCUGAUUCUGAAGAACGUAACGAAGUUCUUGAAGCCAUAGUUGGCUGUUUAUGGGCUCUAGGUCGUGGUCUUGGUGGGAAUAUCCCCUUGGAGCCUACUCAUGUUCCUACAUUAUGCGGUGCAUUCAGAGCUACCAACAGCGAGUCUAUGCAAGUUAAGAUUGUUGGUUGUUUGGGUUCUAUUGCAGUAAGACAAGGUGAUAUCAGUACCAAUAAGGAAAUUGGUAUUUUUAUCAUGAAUGUAUUGAGUAACAUUAAUACCCACACAACAAAACCAGAUGUUGCGGUUGAAGCAUUGAACUUUAUGUUUGACGUCUACAGUGAUUGUGCUUUUGAUUAUGACGAGCCAGUCUUCGUUCAAGGCAAAUUUAACUAUCAAUUAAAACAGAUUGUGCCUGCUUUCAGAUCAAUGGUCAAAUCAACAGAUAAGAGAAAGAGUUUUGAUUUGAGAAACAGAUGUGAUGAAGCAUUGAUGAACUUGGUUGCGUUUAUCAAGUACAAGGCCUCUGAAAGACGUUAAGAAUGAGCAAUUAGAAUCAGUAGAAACAAUAGUAAUAAAAAUUAGAAUUUUAUAAUAAAUCCACUUGUUAUAUCUUAUC